GGAACAUGGCGGCGGCGCGGGAAAAGGGGAAAGCUGUGAAGCGCGCUGAGUCCAAGUACCCCUUCGUACUGGGCUCCAUCGUCAGGAUCUUUAUGAAGAACUUCUUAACAUACACUGUCUGUGAAGUACGCCCAGGGCCCAACCUGAACGUGGUCGUAGGUGCUAAUGGCACAGGCAAGUCAAGCAUUGUUUGUGCCAUUUGCCUGGGACUGGCUGGAAAACCUGCUUUCUUAGGCCGAGCUGAUAAGAUCGGUCUGUUUGUGAAGCAGGGGUGCAUGAAAGGCGUAGUGGAAAUUGAACUGUUUAAGUCACCAGACAAUAUUGUCAUCACACGUGAGAUAUAUGUGAUGAACAAUGCAUCAGUGUGGUUUAUCAAUGGAAAACCAACAACCCUGAAAACAGUAGAAGAAAAAAUUGCAGCCUUAAACAUCCAGGUGGACAAUUUGUGCCAGUUUCUUCCUCAGGACAAAGUUGGAGAAUUUACAAAACUGAGUAAGACUGAGUUGCUCGAAGCCACUGAAAAGUCCAUUGGUUCUCCGGAAAUGUACCAGUUUCAUUGUGAACUGAAAAAUUUCAGAGAAAAGGAAAGAGAACUAGAGAACUUGUGCAGAGAAAAAACCACCUCAUUGGAGAAAAUGAAACAGAGGGUUGAACGGUACAAGCAAGAUGUUGAAAGAUACCAUGAAUGCAAGCGCCAUGUAGACUUAAUAGAGAUGCUUGAGAGGAAAAGGCCAUGGGUGGAAUAUGAAAAUGUUCGUGAACAGCAUGAAGAAGUGAAACAGUGCCGAAACCAAGCUAAGAAAGAAUUGAAGAAUCUGAAAGAAAUGCAGGCCCCAUGGACAAGAAGAAUCCAAGAAGCUGAAGAAAACUUAAACAACCUGGAUAUGCAAACAAGAGAUAUUACUGCUGAAAUCAGAAAUAUUUCCCAGAAAUGUAAAGAGAAACAAGAUGCUUUGGAGAUGAAAGAUAAACAGAUUGAAGAAAUUAAUCAAGCAUUCAGAAUGAAAAAAGAUGAAGAAACAAACAGGCAGAAGAAAAUAUACCAAACUCAAAAAAUAAUAGAGGAGUGGCAGAAUGAGCUGGAUACAAUGGCAGUUGGUGAGAAUCUUCAGCCACAAAUUGAUGCUGUUAAUACUGAGCUGAAAAAUUUACAAGAAGAGAAGGCAAAUAUUGAUAAUGAUAUCAGUGAUCUAAGAGCAGAAAAAACCAACCAAGAGCGGGAAGGGAAAAGAAUAAUUGAUCGCCUUGGACAACUUAACAAUAUAAUGCAUAUGAAGGAAGAGAACCUUAAAAUGAGAUUCCGAGACACACACUCUGCUCUUAUGUGGCUAAGAAACAACAAAGACAAGUUUAAAAAAAAAACGUGUGAACCCAUGAUGCUUGAAAUCAAUAUGAAAGACAGCAGACACGCAAAAUACAUUGAAAAUCACAUUUCGUCCAAUGACAUGAGGGCUUUCGUUUUUGAAUGUCAAGAAGAUAUGGAGACAUUUCUGGUGGAGGUGCGUGAUCGUCAGAAACUAAGAGUGAAUGCUGUAUGUGCACCUGCUGAAUCAUGUGCUGAAAAUUUACCUUCAAGACCUAUUGAAGAAUUACACCGAUACGGAUUUUAUUCAUAUUUACGAGAGUUAUUUGAUGCUCCUCCUCCUGUGAUGAGUUACCUUUGUUACCAGUACCAUGUUCAUAAUGUUCCUGUGGGAACACAGAAGACCAGAGACAUGAUUGAAAGGGUCAUACAGGAAACCAAUCUGAGGCAUAUGUAUACAGCGGAAGAAAAAUACAUUAUUAAAGUAUCUUCUUACACAAAACAAAACCUCUCUAGUAACAUAUGCUUGAAGGAGGCACAGUAUCUCACUAGUUCAGUGGAUACAGAAGAAAGAGGACAGCUGGAAAACCAACGACAGGACAUCAGUAAUACUUUAAAGUCGUUGGAUGCACGUUUGACUGCACUGUUCGACAGACAGAAACUUCUGGAUCACAAGGACAAUAAGCUCAGGCAAGAGAAGAAGGAGCUUUUAGAGAGAGGAAACCGGAGGAGGCAGUUGGAAUCAAAAAUUGGUGUGAAGUAUGAUAGUUUAAGACAGCUCGAACAAGAUGCUAUUGACCUAGAGAAGGAAUUUCAGCUGGCAAAUGUAAAGAUCAAAGAAAUAAAUAAACAAAAAUCAGAACUUGUUACUGAAUUGACGCAUCUCAUGAAGAGGAUCAUACCAUUGAACGUCGUCAAAGUAAAUUUGGCUUUUCAGAUGACCAGGGUGACUGCUGAGAAGAACAGACUACAAUCAGAGUACAAAGAAGGAACUGUACAACUAAGAGCUCUACAGCGACGUUUUCAUGAACUGGAUAAUAGGAAGCAACUUCUUUAUGAGAAGUGCAUGGAAUUGAUGAAACAGGCUCGACAAGUCUGCAGAUUGGGUCCGGAUCAAGGUUUUCCAGAAGAAUUUAAAGUUGCGUUUCAGACUCUUCCAAACACAUUGGAAGAAAUUGAUGCUUUUCUGAAUGAAGAGAAAACCAGGGCUUCCUGUUUCACAGGCAUCAGUGCUUCGGUUGUUGAAGAAUACAAUAAGCAAACACAAGAAAUACAACAGUUAACAGAAUAUCUAGAGGAAAAAAAAAAUGAGUUGAAUAACUAUAAGCAAAACAUUUCACAGGUCAAAGAAAAGUGGCUAAACCUCUUGAAAGUGAUGAUUGAACAAAUUAAUGGAAAGUUCAGUAAGUUCUUUAGCUCUAUGCAGUGUGUUGGUGAAGUUGAUCUUCAUAUGGAAAAUGAGGAGGAGUAUGAGAAGUAUGGAAUUCGCAUUAGAGUCAAAUUCCACAGUAGCACUGAACUUCAUGAAUUGACUCCGUAUCAUCAUAGUGGAGGUGAGAAAACUGUUUCCACUAUGUUAUACCUGAUGGCUCUGCAAGAACUCAACAGAUGUCCUUUCAGGGUUGUUGAUGAAAUAAAUCAGGUGAGAAUCAACAGUAUGGUAUUGCUCUUCCUGUGUACAGAUGCUUAUGACAUAGUGGAGAGAACAGACUUUUUUUUUUCUUUUCAGGGAAUGGAUCCAAUGAAUGAGAGAAGAGUUUUUGAAAUGGUUGUGGAAACUGCUUGUAAAAAAAGAACAUCUCAGUACUUCCUCAUUACACCAAAGCUCCUGCAGAAUCUCACUUACAAUGACAAGAUGACUGUGCUGUUUGUCUACAAUGGACCUUUUAUGCUGGAGACGUACAAAUGGAACAUAAAGCAGUUUAAGAGACGGCAACGGCACCUUUCAAGCAUGACUGAAUCUUAAUUCUACAGAAGUAUUUUAUGUAUCUUUAUUGAAACAUCUGGCUUUCAAGAAUUCCGAAAUUGUCAAAGAGGAAAACCCUCAAAAAAAUGGUAAUUGAGAACUUCGGUUCUUAAAACUUAUACAAAUGUUUGAUAGAUUUGAAAUGCACGGUUUUCUUUCCAAAGUCUUUCAUAGUGGUCACUUUCUCCAAAUAACCUACUCUUCUCAAUUGUAGGUUUAAUUUUUUUUUUCUAUUCUAUGAGUUAAUGCAGCAUCAGAAGUGCAGGUAGUUUUUCUAGGUUAUCCUGGACUUACUCUGUGACUGUUGUGUUUUUAGAGGUUGGGGUUACUUUUUUCCAAAAAUUGGAAUUUGCUUUUGGUAAAUAAUUUUACUUUACCACAGAUGUAGGUAUUAUCCCAUUUCCCUGUUGAAAUGCAUUUUUUUAAAAUUAAUUCAGGUGAUCUGUAGAAAAAGAAUGGUUUGCAAUCAUUUGUUUUGUAAAAAUAAACCUGAAAUUAAUAUAAAUAAUACGAUUCUAUGAAUAUAUUAUUGUUGAGUAAAUACUUUCUCUCAAAAUUAAUAAAUAAAUAUAGUAGCAUUUCAUUUUGUAGUGCUCAAAUUAUAAGGUUUUUGUAGCAAAUCUCUUAGUACGGAGACUAACAGAAUUCCAGGUCUUCCUGAAACAGUGAGCCUAGUGAGCUUGCAGAAGUAAAACUAAGCAAUAUAUAUCUUCUUGUGUGUUUUUUUUUUCUAAGUAAAACUUCUUACAUUUUUGGUGAUAGAUAAAACAGUGCUGCAUAUUUGACAAGCAAGUUUAAACCCAGGAGGUUUAAACAAGGGGUCAGCUGCACUGAAGUGAUUGUACAGUCAAUUGCUUUUCAACACAAAGCCAUAAAAAUGUUUAAUAGAGUGUUUGCCAUAACUGUUAAGCAUUUGGAAAUGCAGGUUACAACAGAAUGUUGAAGACCUAAAAUAAAGUCCUGAUUAUUAAGUUAACUAUUAAAUAAGUAAAAUUCAACAAUUUGAUGUCUGCUUUCACUGGGUGUUUUUCUUAACAGCAUCCUGGAAAUGACCUUUGCUAGUGAAGCUGGUAUUCCAGGCUUUGAUAUUCAUGCAUUCAAAAUAAAAUAACCCACUACAAAAUAUGAGCUGGCAUCCGGGAGGCUUUAGGUGUUAAAGGGGAGGAGGUAUUGUAAUUGUUCCUUUGAAUAGGUAGAUGAGCCAUCAGUGCAGUAGAGAACCGCGCAUUCUUGUUUCUGCAGGCCACUGUUAGUCAGUGGAGUUGUCUGACUGUGAAAUGAGUUCCUGGGACAGUUUCUAUGGUGAUUAGUGUCCCAACAUAAAUACUUAACAGAAGAUACAAAAGUGUGGAAACUCAGGCUGUGAUCCAGAGUUAAUUUGGGCAGCAGAGUAUCCUUGACGUAAUUGAGGCUACAGGCCUAUCUGUGUCCACUGUAUUGAAAGAUCUUGGUUUUAGAAGUAUUAUUCAAAAUUUCUGUUAUCGGGAAGUUUGUUGCUGUUACUGUUCUUUUUUGUAGCUUAUUGCUGUUUGCAGUAAAUAGUUCUUAUCUCAGCCUGCGACUUGGCCUUUUGUGCCUUCAGUUCUCCUCUCCAGCACACUGCAGAGGGAGGGGAAAAUGGAGCAAGAGAGUGGUGUCUGGUUUGAAGAGUCUUGAGAGGGCAGAAAUUGGGGAGUACCAUUCUUAAACCAGGACAGAUUGGCACAGUGUCUGAUGGGAGGUGUGUGACAGAAGAGCUACAGCAUGGGAAGAAGGGGAGGGGGAACCUUGGCACUCUAGCUUCUCUGUAAAUAAGUGAAUCAGAAUUACUCUCUUCACUUGUGACUCACUAAAACACAGUGUCCAAAAUUACUUUUCCUAGGACUUUUUGUUCUGGAAGCACUUCCCCCCCCCAUUCCUUGCUAAUUAAGAAUAAAGCCACGAUUAAGUACACUAUAGUUUCUGAGAGAAAGGAUAUGUGGAAGGGAGUUAAAGAAAAAUUCUUCACCUGUUCUGCCUAAACAUCUGAAAAUCCCGACCCUUUCUAUGCCAUUGCUCCCAGGCUAGGCUUGCCAAAAGCCAUGCUUCCAGGAGGCUCUGGAAUUGAUCCAGUGUCCUUUGCAUAUUUCCAAUAGCUUGGGUGAAGAGCAAUUUUUUGUAGCAGGGGCUGAUCUAGUAGUUGCUAUAACCUCAUUUUACUUUGAUGCUAACUUCAGCCACUGACAAGGCUGAACUAGUAGGGAGAGGGGAGGUGAGUGCAGAAAGACAAUAUUUUUAGCCACUGAAAGCUUUUCAGUCUUGACUGUAGCAGUGUGGAAAGCCAGCAGGGAAAGCAUGGAAAAAUAAGGACCAUCAGCAACAGUAGAGACAGAAGUAAGAGAGGUGAUAAGCGGCACUAGAGCAGCCUAUCAACCUCUCCUGUGGUUCUGCUCUUGCUGAUGGUGUAAUCCUCUGACACCAAUUCCCACCUUUAUGCUUUCCACCAAAUUCCUCCAGCUUUUCUGCACUAAGCUGCUCCCCAGUUACUCUUGGAAGUAAUUUCCCCAUUGUCUAGUCUUCAUCCUAUUGAUCUAGGCCAGUGGGGGUUUUUUGACAAUUGUACUGGUUUUGGCUGGGAUAUUUUCUUCAUAGAAGUUUGUAUGGAGUUAUGUUUUGAGUUUGCGCUGUUGGUUACAUAGGGAUGUUUUUGCUACUCCUGGGGGUGCUUUGCACUGCAUGGAUGCCUUUCCUGUUUCUCACACUGCCUCGCUAGCACAAGUUUAUAAGAAGCUGAGAGGGGACACAGGUGGGACAACUGACCAAAGGGCUAUGUCAUGCUGUAUGACAUUGUCCUCAGCAGUAAAAGCUAGGGGAAGAAGGAGGUGUGUUUGGAUUAAGUCUUCCGAAGUAACAGCUGUGUGUGGUGGAGCCCUGCUUUUCUGGGGGAAUAGCUGAACACCUGCCUGUUGAUGGGAAGUAGUGGAUGACUUCCUUCUUUUGCCUUGCUUGCGCACCCAGCUUUUGCUUUCCAAAUAAACUGGUUUUUAUCUCAACCCAGAAGUUUUCUCACUUUUACCAUUCUGAUUCUCUGACCCAUCCCACAGGGGCAGGGUGGGCAUGUGGCCCUGAGCUGCCACUCAGGAUUAACCCACAACAACAGUGUGUGUUGGUCUCAAAACGUGAUGUUGCACCUGUCAUUUUUGCACACAGAGCUAAAUGAGAUCUUGGCAAAUAUCUUAGCUUGUUGUGUGUUUAUAGAAGAGCAAGUCACCUGCUUGCAGACUGACCUCUUUGGAAAGCACAAUGAUGAGAACAUGGCAAGUUAGCCAGAAAGGAAUGACAGACUUCUUUGGGGAUAAGGAGCCGUGCAUAGUAGUGGACAAAGUUGAUUUUGCAGGAAGCAAGAUGAAGGGAAGGGAUGAUAACUCAGAAGAUGGUGGCAGAAUAUACCAAGGAGCCAUAGAAAAGAACAGAGAGCUGAAGAGUGCACAGGUGACAUGUAACAUGGAUGGGUUCAAAAGAAUCUGGAUCGCAUAAUUUAAAGGGGAACGAUGUCCAAUUCCCCCUUCCCAAUUUGUUACCAAAGCUGUAGACUGUGAACAUUACACAGCUUGACCUUAACUGCAAUCCAUUAUCAGUUUGGGUCAUGUAAACGGUUUUCAUGGACAAUAAAAGUUUUUUUGGAUGGUUGGGUUCUGCAGGUUUUCUGUUGGUUGGUUGGUUCGUUGGUUUGGUGUUUUGGGUUUUUUUUCAGGGUUUUUACUUGUUUUGUUGGUUUUGUUGUUCAUUUUCCUGAGGAAUUACAAACACACUGUAAAUCCAAAGCAGAUGAUCAGUACAAGGAGUGCAAAGGGACUUUUCAGAUACCACCAAGAGUACCAGCCUCACUUUGUCCUCCUGCAGUGAAGCUUAAAGGACUGUUCAGGUGAAAAGCCACUGGUGUUACAGUUUUUUGUGGGCCC